AUGGGGAGAUUUAGUGAAGAAAAUAAACAAAAAGAAAAAUCUGUUGAAGAAAUACUAAUUUACGUUCACAUGAGAGAUCCUAAUAAUCAACUUCACAUAAUUAAAAAUUUGAAGAUUGCUGUCAACAACAUUAUUACUCACCCACCUCAGCCCGGUGCCAUUCGAAAACUUUUGAAUGAUGUUGUGUCUGUCAGUCAGCCUGCUGAGGGACUAGUAGCUAACGUGAUCACAGCUGGAGAUUAUGAUCUCAACAUUAGUGCUACUACUCCCUGGUUUGAGUCUUACAGAGAGUGCUUUCUUCAGUCCAUGCCUGCAUCAGAUCAUGAAUUCUUAAACCACUAUGUUGCAUGUAUGCUUGUAGUUUCUUCUAGUGAACCAGAGCCUGUGGAGCAAUUUCUGAAGCUGUCUCAAGAACAACAUCGAAUUCAACAUAGUAGUGAAUACUUAUACCCUAAGUGGUUUAUACCAAACACGCUCAAGUACUAUGUGUUACUGCAUGAUGUAAGCACAGGAGAAGAACAAAGAGCUGACUCCAUUUAUGAAGAGAUGAAGCAGAGGUAUGGAACUCAGGGUUGCUAUUUGCUGAAAAUAAAUUCUCGGGUGUCUAACAGAGGAAUAGAUGAACAGAUACCAGAUCCUUGGAGUCAGUACCUUCAGAAAAAUACCAUCCAGAACCAGGAUUGUUUUGAAGAUUGUCCUUAUGCUGUCAUUUCAAACAAGAAUACUGAUCCCUUGAUAUCAGAUGGCUUAGACAGUGAAAUUAAAGAUGUCAUGCCAAAUAACUUUAAGACUCACCCCCUUCAACUGGAUCAUCCCUGUGGCAGUUUGGAUAGCACUGAUUACAUGAAGGCUACUACAUCAUUGCAAGACACAAAGAAAUCAAAUUCUGGAACACCACACGGUGCUUGUUUAACACUUACAGACCAUGAUCGGAUUAGACAGUUCAUACAGGAAUUCACAUUUAGGGGACUUUUGCCACAUAUAGAGAAGACAAUUCGGCAACUUAAUGAUCAGUUAAUAUCCAGGAAAGGUUUGAGUCGAUCGCUGUUUUCUGCUACUAAAAAAUGGUUUAGUGGCAGCAAGGUUCCAGAGAAAAGUAUAAAUGAACUGAAGAAUACUUCUGGUUUGCUGUAUCCACCAGAAGCACCAGAGCUUCAAAUCCGGAAAAUGGCAGACUUAUGCUUUUUGGUGCAACACUAUGAACUUGCAUAUAGCUGUUACCAUACAGCAAAGAAAGACUUCUUAAAUGAUCAGGCAAUGCUUUAUGCAGCUGGAGCACUGGAAAUGGCAGCAGUAUCAGCUUUUCUUCAGCCUGGAGCUCCUAGGCCGUAUCCUGCUCAUUAUAUGGAAACAGCAAUUCAGACCUAUCGAGAUAUCUGCAAGAACAUGGUUCUGGCUGAACGCUGUGUGCUGCUUAGUGCUGAAAUCUUAAAAAGUCAAAGCAAAUAUUCAGAGGCAGCUGCUCUUCUGAUUCGUUUAACCAGUGAGGAUUCAGAUCUUCGCAGCGCACUUCUGUUGGAGCAGGCAGCCCAUUGCUUUAUAAACAUGAAAAGUCCCAUGGUUAGAAAGUUUGCGUUUCAUAUGAUAUUGGCUGGCCAUAGGUUUAGUAAAGCAGGCCAGAAAAAACAUGCCUUACGUUGCUACUGUCAAGCCAUGCAGGUUUACAAAGGGAAAGGCUGGUCUCUUGCAGAAGACCAUAUUAACUUCACUAUUGGUCGCCAGUCCUUUACGCUUCGUCAGCUUGACAAUGCUGUGUCUGCCUUCAGGCAUAUUUUGAUCAAUGACAGUAAACAACCUCCAGCUCAGCAAGGAGCUUUUUUAAGAGAAUAUCUUUAUGUUUAUAAGAAUGUAACCCAGCUAUCACCUGAUGGUCCGUUACCACAGCUUCCUUUACCAUAUAUUAACAGCUCAGCAACCCGUGUUUUCUUUGGGCAUGAUAGAAGACCAGCAGAAGGUGAAAAGCAGGCAGCUACACACAUAAGUCUGGAUCAGGAGUAUGACUCGGAAUCAUCACAACAGUGGAAGGAACUUGAGGAGCAGGUUGUUUCUGCAAUAAAUAAAGGAAUACUACCUUCAAACUUUCAGCCAACACAGUUCUGUUUAAAUCGCUACUCGGAUAACUCCAGAUUUCCACUUGCUGUGAUAGAAGAACCGAUAACUGUAGAAGUGUCCUUCCGAAACCCACUGAAAGUUCCACUUCUUUUGACGGAACUUUCAUUGCUGUGGAAAUUUCAACCUAAAGACUUCAAUGCAAAGCAUGGUGCAGAAACAAAAGAUCUGGGAAUGUGUGAUGACGAUAUGAUAGGAACUGAAGCAAUAGCAGAAUUUUUAAUUAAUAGUGAGGAGACAAAAGUGGCAAGACUAAAGCUCUUUCCCCAUCAAACAGGGGAGCUACAUAUUCUGGGAGUCGUUUAUAAUCUUGGCACUGUUCAGGGUGCUGUGACAUUAGAUGGGUUCGAUCCUUCUAUUGGAUCACAGACGGGAAAGUUUGUCUCCAAUGGGUUAUCUGUACGAGGACGACAAGAUUUAGAAAUCCAAGGACCUCGACUUAAUAACACAAAAGAGGAAAAAACAUCCAUUAAAUAUGGACCUGAUCGACGUUUAGAUCCCAUCAUUACAGAAGAAAUGCCUUUGUUGGAGGUAUUCUUUAUAAAUUUUCCUACAGGGCUUCUCUGUGGAGAAAUCAGAAAAGCGUAUGUAGAAUUUGUGAAUGUAAGCAAGUGUCCUCUUACUGCACUGAAAGUUGUGUCCAAGCAUCCAGAAUUUUUUACUUUUGGUGGAAAUACUGCUGUUCUAACGCCACUAAGUCCUUCAGCUUCUGAAAACUGUAGUGCUUACAAGACUGUUGUGACAGAUCCUACCUCUAUGCGUACAGCACUGCUAUCCUCAGCUUCUUCUGUAGACUUUGGGGUUGGCACAGGAGGUCAUCCUGAAGUAAUACAUGUCCCACUUCCUGAUGCUGUUCUUCUUCCUGGGGCUUCAGUGCAGCUGCCAAUGUGGUUACGGGGACCAGAUGAAGAAGGUGUUCAUGAAAUUAACUUUUUGUUUUACUAUGAAAAUAUUAAAAGACACUCAAAAAUGUGUCAUAGAGUAUUAAGGCACACUGCAGUUAUUUGUACUAGCCGGUCUCUGCAUAUUCGAGCUACUGUCUGCAGAAGUAAUGCGCUUGAAGAUGAAGAAGGCAGAGGGGACAAUAUGUUGGUGUUUGUGGAUGUAGAAAAUAUCAAUACAAGUGAGACUGGUGUUAAAGAAUUUCAUAUAGUGCAAGUUUCAAGUAAUAGCAAACACUGGAAGCUUCAAAAAUCUGUUAACAACUCUGAAGAUAAAG